UCCAAGGAAGAUCUAAGAUCCCCCAAAAACCGAACCUUUUCGGAUUCCCCACUUUUAGGACUGUUUUUUUUUUUUUUUUAAGCGAGGAGAUACUUUGCCCGCGCAGCUUUAUGGAUCACGAACCGACUCACUCUGCAUCCGAAGCAACAGUUUGACGUCACUUUGUACUUUUGGGGGGAGCUGCAAAAGAUGAUGAAAUCAGCCGAGGAGGACGCUUAUGGCUACACGCCCAAUGUCAGCCUCUCCCUCCCGCUGGGCAACCCGUGCCUGGCCCCGCAGUACCUAAGCCUCCAGUCAAGCCCCGUCAUCUCAGUUUCAGAGGCUCACAUCUUCGACAGCCAGGACGACCUGAGCGCCACGAGCUACUACUCGGCCCGUCCGAAUGGGGCACCCGCCCUGGAGAGCCCCCGCAUUGAGAUUACUGCUUAUGGUCAGUUUCCUGAGAACGAAGCAGAGCAGGACAGCCUUCCUGUAACCAAGCGGGUCAACUCAGUUGUGACCUUGACGCUCCCUAGUGGAGACGGUUACCGGGACCCGAGCUGCCUGAGUCCUGCCAGCAGCGUGUCGUCCCGCAGUUGCCAGUCGGAGGCGUCGUCCUACGAGUCCGGCUUCUCGUACAACUACGAACAAUCACCGCAGAACUCGCCGUGGCAGUCACCCUCCGUGUCCCCCAAGAGUUCCACCCUGGCCCUGCCCACCGGCUCCCCGAGACACUCUCCCUCCACCUCGCCCCGCACGAAUAUGACGGAUGAUCCCUUUGUCGGCCGCGGCAGCUCCAGGCCAAAUUCCCCUUGCGGUGCAAAGAGGAAGUACAGUUUCAACGGCGGCGGGGUGGCGCACAAGCACUACCAGCACUCGCCCAACCACUCCCCGGGCCCAUCCCCCCAAACGUCGCCACGCCUUAGCAUCACCGAGGAGUCCUGGCUGCCAAACACCAACCAGUACACCAACUCGGCCAUCUUGGCGGCCAUCAACGCCUUGACCACAGACGGUAUGGCCGACCUUGGAGAAGCCAUACCCAUGAAAGCUCGUAGAACCAGUCUGGAACACAGCCCAACUGUCAGCCUCAAAUUGGAACCCGGCGGCGAAGAGCAGACAAUUGGAGACCUGUGUCGAGAGGAGCACCCCUCCAACCGCCUGCCCAUGAAGAAGGAGGCGUACUGUGGAGGUUUUCUCGACGUGCCUCAGCACCAGUACUCCUGGUCCAAGCCUAAGCCAUAUGUCAGCCCAUCCCUGCCUGCCCUUGACUGGCAGCUGCCGUCCAGCUCGGGACCCUACAGCCUACAGAUUGAGGUGCAGCCCAAAUCACAUCACCGGGCCCACUAUGAGACUGAAGGCAGCAGGGGAGCGGUGAAGGCUUUGGGCGGAGGACACCCCAUUGUACAGCUGCACGGCUACGUGUCUAGCGAGCCGCUAACCCUGCAACUCUUCAUCGGCACGGCGGACGAGCGUCUGCUGAGGCCGCACGCCUUCUACCAGGUGCACCGCAUCACCGGCAAGACUGUGUCAACGCCGAGCCACGAGGCGCUGUGCAACAACAACACCAAAGUGCUGGAGAUUCCGCUGCUGCCCGACAACAACAUGAGAGCCAUGAUUGACUGCGCAGGCAUCCUGAAGCUGCGCAACUCUGACAUCGAGCUGCGCAAAGGCGAGACGGACAUCGGGCGCAAGAACACGCGGGUGCGCAUGGUGUUCAGGGUCCACAUCAACCAGGCGGGCGGCAGGACAAUCUCCUUGCAGACCGCGUCCAACCCUAUCGAGUGCUCCCAGCGGUCGGCCCAAGAACUGCCCUUGGUAGACAAGCAAAGCUUGGAGACCGGCGCCGCCCCUGGAGGACAAAGCCUGAAGCUGGACGGACACAACUUUCAGGCCGACUCCAAGGUGGUGUUUGUGGAAAAGGCUCAAGACGGGCAUCACCUGUGGGAGACUGAGGCCAAAGUGGACAGAGACGCCUCUAAACAUAACAUGCUCCUGGUUGAAAUCCCGCCAUAUCGUAACCAGCGUCUGUCCACGCCAGCGCACGUCAACUUUUACGUCUGCAAUGGCAAGAGGAAGCGGAGUCAGUACCAGCGCUUCACUUAUGUGCCUUCCACAGUUCCGACCAUCAAAACGGAGCCGCGGGACGACUACGACGCACCACUUGUGUGCGCCCCCCUCGGCAUCUCUGUGCACCCCAAGCCUUACUUCCCCCCUCAGCUGACGUACACGCAGCAAAGAUCGGCGCCGAAGCCCAACUCGGGUUCCUCCCCGAGCACUAGUCCCAAACUACACGACUUGCCAUCGGCCUUCCCCGUGCCUCACGUCUCCAUUAUCCAAGAGACCCCCGGCCGCUUCCAGCCACCAUCUCAGCCAUCCACGCCCGAGACGCCCUUCUCCCCUGUUGGUGGCCCCAAUAAGGUGCUGGAAAGUGGGGGGCGGCCUCAGCGCGAAGACGGAAGCCCCCCGGCGUUGGGUGUCAGCAUCAAGCAGGAACCGCAGGAACUGGACCAAAUGUACCUUGAUGACGUCAAUGAGAUCAUCAGGAACGAUCUGUCCAGCAUCUCCGUCCACAGCCAUGCGUAGGACAAGUUAAAAAAGACACUUUAAACAUGCACCAUUGGUCUCCAGUUAGGGGAACAAAUGCAUCGUGAUGACAACCAGGGUCCAACACCUGCCUUCAUUUUCAUUUCAUUCCCUCGAAAGGACCAAGUGUCAUUUGUUAACCCUGUGCUGCACUUUGUAAAACUUUCAGUGCCUAUUAGUUAUGCCAUGUAUAUACAAUUAUAAAUAUAAGGAAAGAAAAGUGCCUUUUCACAAGCAAUUCUAGUCUAAAUUUCAUUGGUUUGCGGUAUUUUUAGGAAAGCAUUUUCAAAAACAACGCACUCAAGCUGUGGUAUAAUGUUUUUAUUCUAACGCUUUUAUGCACUUACUGUACAGUUUUUAAUGUAUUUUUACGCAUUUAGAUUAUUAUUCUGUAUGACUACCAAAGAACAAAUCAUCUCAAAACUCGAAUUAACGUUGCUGCCAAGACCAAAGAAGCAGACUAACAGCAGCAAUAAUAAGUACAUAGUAAUGUUUGAAGUUUUUUUUCUUCUUUAUAUUUAUUCUGCUUGCAUGUGCUCUGUGUAUCCAUGUUUAUCAUGCAGCCUGUUACUAUUAGGUUAUUUUUUAUGUUUACACACACUGCAUGUAUUUAUGAGUCUUAAUGCAUCUCAAUGAAGUUUACGAAACAUUUUUAGGCCACUUGAAAAUCUAAUCUGCAUUAUGUCUCAUUUGUAUGUUUGUCCGUAAAUCAUCCAAAGUAUAAAAAGAAGUAAUAGAGGGACUCUUGGUUGGUUAUAUAUAUUUGUCCUUUUAAAGAAUGUGGGCGUGGCAACAAUUUUUU